AUGCCGUUCCGAGACUCGGCCGUCCAGAUUUGUUGCCACUCUCAUGAAGCGCUAUGUGGGCCCGGGUCCCAAGUGGAAGUAAAAGGAGCGCUGGCCAAGGACUGCUCGAGGGAACGAUGCUCGUCGGGGCCCACAAUCCCGAUCAUCUGCCCCCAAGGUGGGCCACCGCUGGGAGUAGACGAGGCCUAUCUGAUGUGCCCAGAAGCCGGGGCGCCCUGUCCAAAGGCCGGCCACACAUGCCAGGAGACGAACAUUGGCGAUUUCUACUGUUGCCCGGUGGAUGAAUGGGAGGUGGAAGAGCUAACUACCACCUCGACCACCCCUGUAUUCACCUUCCCCACAAUCCCAUCACCCCGCCCAACAACCCAGGCCGCCUGGCUGGCCCUGUUGACGAUGAUGCCGAGAGCGACGGGAGAAAAACUGUGCACGAUCGCCGAGGAGAGCCUCGAGUCGGCGCGAGACCUGGCGCGCCAGGAAAAGCUAGCCGAGGCCCACCCGCCGAAGAAGUCGGCCACGUUCGGGACGUCGGCGGAUCUUCGCCGGCAUACUGCAUAUCACCUCUACCGCUCAAAAUCCGGGAAGAACCUCAAAACGGAGCAGCCCCGGAAGCGGAGUCUACUCGUUGAGAUGGGCUCCCGGUUGAAGCUGUUCCCGACGGGUUCGGUCCUUUCCCUCUCCCACAACAGUCUGCCCGCCAUUCCCAAGGCCCAAUCGCUCAAUUCCUUCGAAAACGUGUCAUGUGCCUCAUCUCGAAUUCCGUCAACUGGGGGCGGAAAGCGAUCGCAGCGCGUACGGGUGUCGCCGCGCGGUGUCGGGAGUAUCGUGUCGUUGGACCAGGUGGAGUGCGGCGUACCGGGCACGUCACCAUCGCAGCUCGGGAUGCUGUGCUCGCACUGCUCAACCCAGGAUAUCCCCUGCGCAAAGGCCAUCCAAGUACAGCAGAUCCAGGUCACUAUGGCCGCCAACUUGGAGCUGGUCACCCGCUCGACCUCCGUCUCAAUCUCAAUGUCAUUAGCUGACGAUAAUUAUGAUCGAAGCACAAUCUCGAGCACCUCAUUGGCUUCUUCAUCAUCUACAGCGCAAAAUGCCUGCUCAGAAGAGCCGCUGGAGAGCGGCACCCGGUCGUGCUCCUUGCUGUCGCUGUCCCCCUCCAGCUCGCCGUCAGCCCCGUUGUGUCGUAUCUGCCACUGCGCGUAUCCGAUCGAUCCACUGGACCCGCUCAUCUCGCCCUGCCGAUGUUCUGGAAGUCUUCAACACGUUCACGUUAGCUGUCUGAUGCACUGGCUCGACAUCUCCUCCCGGAAGCUCCACCGGCCCGCCAUCUGCGAACUGUGCCUAUACAAAUAUCGGCGGAGACGGGUCCUUAAGUACCGUGAGCUGCAAAUGCCGGAAUGCCCGGGGAGCGAUAUCCGCUACUAUCUGUUGCUGCUCUUCGCCCUGAUCAUGAUCUGGAAAAGGGAGGGAAGA